CUGGACGAGCUGGUGGGCGCGUACCCCAACUACAACGAGGAGGAGGAGGAGCGCCGCUACUACCGCCGCAAGCGCCUGGGCGUGCUCAAGAACGUGCUGGCCGCCAGCGCCGGCGGCAUGCUCACCUACGGCGUCUACCUGGGCCUCCUGCAGAUGCAGCUGAUCCUGCACUACGAUGAGACCUACCGCGAGGUGAAGUACGGCAACAUGGGCCUUCCCGACAUCGACAGCAAGAUGCUGAUGGGCAUCAACGUGACACCCAUCGCUGCCCUGCUCUACACACCGGUGCUCAUCAGGUUUUUUGGCACCAAGUGGAUGAUGUUCCUGGCCGUGGGCAUCUAUGCGCUAUUUGUCUCCACCAACUACUGGGAGCGCUACUACACACUGGUGCCCUCAGCUGUGGCCCUGGGCAUGGCCAUCGUUCCUCUCUGGGCCUCCAUGGGCAACUAUAUCACCAGGAUGUCGCAGAAGUACUAUGAGUACUCCCACUACAAGGAGCAGGAUGAGCAGGGCCCUCAGCAGCGUCCACCGCGGGGCUCCCACGCACCCUACCUCCUGGUCUUCCAAGCCAUCUUCUAUAGCUUCUUCCAUCUGAGCUUUGCCUGUGCCCAGCUGCCCAUGGUUUACUUCCUGAACUACUACCUGUAUGACCUGAACCACACCUUGUACAACGUGCAGAGCUGCGGCACCAACAGCCACGGCAUCCUUAAUGGCUUCAACAAGACGGUUCUGCGGACAUUACCACGGAGCCGAAACCUCAUCGUGGUGGAGAGCGUGCUCAUGGCGGUGGCCUUCCUGGCCAUGCUGCUGGUGCUGGGGCUGUGCGGUGCAGCUUACCGGCCCACGGAGGAGAUCGACCUGCGCAGCGUGGGCUGGGGCAACAUCUUCCAGCUGCCCUUCAAGUACGUGCGUGACUUCCGCCUGCGCCACCUGGUGCCCUUCUUCAUCUACAGUGGCUUUGAGGUGCUCUUUGCCUGCACGGGUCUCGCCCUGGGCUAUGGAGUGUGCUCCAUUGGGCUGGAGCGGCUGGCCUACCUCCUUGUGGCCUACAGCCUGGGUGCCUCAGCUGCCUCGGUCCUGGGUCUGCUGGGGCUGUGGUUGCCACGCUCAGUGCCCCUGGUCACUGGGGCAGGGCUGCACCUGCUGCUCACUCUUGGCCUCUUUGUCUGGGCCCCUGCACCUCGAGCCCUGAAACACAGCUGGGUCCUCUAUGUGGCAGCUGCCCUCUGGGGUGUGGGCAGUGCCUUCAACAAGACCGGACUCAGCACACUCCUGGGAAUCCUGUACGAGGACAAGGAGAGGCAGGACUUCAUCUUUACCAUCUACCACUGGUGGCAGGCGGUGGCCAUCUUCAUGGUGUACCUGGGUGCCAGCCUGCCCAUGAAGGUGAGGUUGAGUGGGGCUAGGGACUCCGUGCCCCACCCCCACUUCCCUGGGCCAAGCCCCAGGCCAAGGACCCCUUUCCUCAGCCCACUGGGUGGCCCCCAACCCAGUACCCCACUUAUUGCCUCUCCUGUCAGCCUCAGUUUACCCAUCUCUGGAGGGACCCAGAGUUUGUGCUUUCCUGCGGGUGUAUCCCAGCUGUCUUCCUGUGGCCUAUUUGGUCACCCAUUCAGACUGGGCUCCUGGGUUCCUGGAAUCCGUCUUCCUCCAUGUCUCCCUCCAUGUCUCCCUCCGUGGCCUGCAAGGGCUCCUCUGCUUGUUUUCUUUCUGUGGUGUUGGGGAUGGGACCCAGCGCCUGGAGCAUGCUAGGCAAGCGCUGUCCCACUGAGCUGCACCCCUGCUCCUUACUCAUGGCAGGUCAGUUUAGCAGGUCCUGACCAACAUUUUUAAAAAAUGAAGUAGGAUAGAAACCAACCAACAAAACAAAACGGGGAUGCAAAUAUGAGUCUGUGAGCCAAGUGAGGCGCACAGUCGUUCUCUGACUGUGGGUUACAGUUUUAAAAACCUGCAAGGCAUGACUACGGCCUGCUGUGUGGAGGGGACAGACGGUAAUGGAAGCCCUGGUCAAAGAGGGUGAGGCCUG